AUGUCGCGCUCCUCAGCAGGAUUUGCAGACUUCUUCCCAACCGCACCGUCCGUCCUCCAGCAAAAGCGCAAGACCGUCCGGGAGCGGCCUCGCUCCGAGGCCCAUCCGGAACACGAUCAUAGCGAUGAAGGGCGUGCGCUUCCUGAAGAGCCCAAGGCAAUCCUUGAGUUGACUCCGAGUCUUAACGUGGAGGAACAGAAUUUGCCUACUGUCAACGGUGAUGGACCUGCAAGUUCUGCCAGUGUGAGCGUUUCGGCUUCCCGCCCAUCGACACAUAAGCAUAGCACGGCAUAUGGAAAUGAAGCGCGUCUCGAUACGCUUACGCCACUCACUAACGCGGAGUCGUCGCCCGCUCAGAGGCUCAGUCCAUCUCACAUUAGGAUAGCCAACGGGAUCGAAGAUAGUUCAGGCACCAUGAAGACCGACGACAUCAAGCCCGCCAUGACGCCCCUGCAAACCCCACCAACGCCCCGAUCGCAAAGUCGCACUUCUGGAAACGUGAGGGGCUGGAAGUUAGUCUACGACCCAGAUUCAGAGAAGCGGAUAUCAUCCAAGGAGAAGCGAAGGAAAGCGCGAUAUGUGGAUAUAGUGCCUAAUGGGCAAGAUGAUCGACCAGCAGACCCUCGUCUAAAGAUAUCCAAUUAUUCGCGAGGUGGUGGCUGCAAGCAAAAGACCAAAUUUCGGCCAGCUCCUUACUCAUUGAAACACUGGCCAUACGACGCUUCGACAACCAUUGGUCCUGGACCCCCGGUACAGAUAGUGGUCACCGGAUUCGAUCCUUUGACCCCAAUUGCCCCAAUAAAUGCGUUAUUCUCGAGUUUCGGAGAGAUUGCUGAAAUCAACAACCGCACCGAUCCAAUAACCGGUAGAUUUUUGGGAAUAUGUUCAGUCAAAUAUAAAGACAGCGCAUCUUUCAGAGGAGGCGGGCCUGUUCUCGCGGCGAAUGCAGCCAGGCGAGCCUAUUAUGAAUGCAAAAAAGAGCAACGGAUUGGAACGCGCAGAAUCAGAGUCGAGCUAGACCGGGAUGGCAUCGUCUCGGCAAAGAUAGUAACAAGGGCAGUCGACUCCCAGAGGAUGGGGGACAGGAACAACCUUCCAAGUGCAGAGGAACCUAAAACGGGCGUCUCGGCAAAGAACAAUGAGCCUCCACCGACGGCUCCCAAGGGCCCUUCUGGAAGGUCCCAAAUGCGCCCAACGGUCCCAGUCCCGGAAGGGCCGAGGGCAAGCUUCCUGAAGCCUGUUGUACCAUCACUGGUGGAGGAAAUACCUAUACUAAGUCAGAUCAAGCGUGACCCAUAUAUAUUCAUCGCACACUGUUACGUACCGGUCCUCAGUACCACCGUUCCGCAUCUGAAGAAAAGGCUCAAACUAUUCGACUGGAAAGACAUACGUUGCGAUAAAACAGGGUACUACAUUGUUUUUGAGAAUUCAAGGCGCGGCGAAGAAGAAACCGAAAGAUGCUACAAGAUGUGCCAUAUGAAACCUCUGUUCACAUACAUCAUGAACAUGGAGAGUCAGCCCUAUGGGAAUCCUAAUUACGAACGAAGUCCAAGUCCCCAAAGACUGCAGGCUGAACAGCGAGAGCGAGCCGAAAAGGACAGGCUGAAAAGGGAAGCAGAGUUGGACGUUGAAGAAGAAAAAAGACAACGUGCCCUGGAUCUGGACCCUUGCAGAGAGGUGGUGGCAAUAAUAAUACGGGACCUACGAGACAAAUUACUUGAAGAUGUGAAGUCUCGAAUUGCAGCACCGGCCUUGUAUGACUACCUGGAUCCAGUUCGACAUGCUACAAAGAGGGAGAGGCUGGGGAUUCCUGAGCCGGAGGGGGCUAAAAGGCCUAUGUUCCGCAUCGACCUCGACAGUUCAGCUGGCACACCUGACUCACGCUCUGACUUGUCAACCAGUAGGAAUCCUUUGGGUUCGUCUGGUCUGAACAUACUGGCUCUUCCACGGAUCAGAAAGGCACAUCGACUAGAUCGCACGAACGCUGCGUUCUUGGAUGAAAGAAGAAAACAGCCCUUACGAAAGAAGGAAGUAAGACCACUUUACCAUCGUCUCCAGCAACUACACGAUGUGGACGAUUCAGACGAUGAGCAAAGGACACCGUUUACCAGAGACACUGAAGAUUUAGACAGUCGUGCCCCGAGCCGUAUGAGUUCUGAGACCUCUGAUUCAGAGGAAGACUCGGAUCGGAUCGGUUCUGAAACGUUGGAUGUUCCUGUUGCCGAAAGGCUUACCGAUAGCGAUAGGUCUCACGAUGUAGACAUCACGAGAGAUGAUAUAUCUGGCGAUUCGCCAAACGAGGCUCCCGAGCAGGUCACUGACCGACUCCAAUCUUCAUCACGCAAAAGAAAGGUGGAUGAUGAGCGAGCAAAGGCACGGAAGAGACAGAAAGGAGGCGAUGAAGGCUUCGAUAUGGAUGAUGCGGCAGGAUCUGGGGAGGACCAAGACAUGGCAUGCUCCCCAUCUCGGUCAGUCACCACCCAGGAUGUCAUCGCAGCGGCAGAUGAACCAUCUGUAACUGGCACGGAUCCCUUGGUCUCUCACGGUAAAUUAGCAGGGCAUGGCCAAAAAGAUGAUGCACUCAUGGACUCAUGGAGUGCUGAUGUCGAGUUCAAAAGUCUUGGCAAAGACCAUCGCCAUCUUGUAUCUCAAGUUGGUGGUUUUGAGCAUGGCAAGCAGACUGAAGAGCCUAGAACGGAGAUUGAAUGGCGUGUGUCGAAUGACGAGCCUCGCUCAACGGUCGAUGACGACGAAUCAAUUGUGCUGGAUCUCGACGGUUGGCAGAAUUUAGUCAAGGAUGAAGAGGAUCUUUGCUUUCUUCGUGAUGUCUUACGAGAGUUUUCGAGAUCCAAUGUUGGGAACCUUUCAGCUUGGGCUUGGAGACAAAAGGAGAUCAAGGCACUUAAUCGCCCUGAAGAGUCUGGUCCGGUACGCGAGGAGACCGUCAUUCCCGGUUACUAUGUUUCAAACACGACUGGGGCAGCGAGAACUGAGGGAAGAAAACGGAUCUUGGAGUCGGAGAAAUCUAAAUAUCUGCCGCAUCGGAUCAAAGUUCAAAAGGCUCGUGAAGAGCGAGAAGCUAGGGCGAAGAGCGAUCCGCAUGCUGUUGCUGCAGAAGCCGCAAGGAUUGCUGCAGCAAAAACGAUCUCGAAGUCCACUUCCCGUUCAACGAGGGUUAACAAUCGCCGUCUCAUUGCUGAUAUCAACGCUCAAAAGCAGGCUCUUCCAACUCAGAGCGGAGAAGGAGAUGUUCUCCGGUUCAAUCAGCUGAAGAAACGGAAGAAGCCAGUUCGUUUCGCUCGAUCAGCCAUCCAUAAUUGGGGCCUCUAUGCAGAAGAGAACAUUUCUGCCAACGAUAUGAUCAUUGAAUAUGUGGGUGAGAAGGUCCGGCAGCAGGUCGCUGACAUGAGAGAACGGCGUUACCUGAAAAGCGGAAUCGGUAGUAGUUACCUUUUCCGUAUCGACGAAAACACGGUUAUAGAUGCGACAAAGAGGGGUGGUAUUGCCAGGUUUAUCAAUCACAGCUGUACGCCGAAUUGCACGGCGAAAAUUAUAAAGGUCGAUGGCAGCAAGCGAAUCGUCAUCUAUGCAUUACGAGACAUCGAAAGGGAUGAAGAGCUGACAUAUGACUACAAAUUUGAGAGGGAGUGGGAUAGCGAUGACAGAAUCCCAUGCCUCUGUGGUUCGACCGGGUGUAAAGGUUUUCUCAACUAAGGCUUCCACUGAGUUCCCGGAAUCCAUUUCAAAAUAGAACUUCCUCCCCACUACUCUUUGUCUCUCCCUCACCCUCUCUCUCCUUCUCUCCUUUUCCACACCCACCCACUCAAAUCUCGAUACCUUCCCCAAUCUUGGUUUGCAAUUCCAUCUAUAGAUAGAUGCAUUAGUCUGACGGCGUUCAUUUGGAAUUGGUCGAGAGAAGGACCAGCAUCCGGCUGGUAGGAUUGUAUUUUAUGACAACGAAGUGCGUUUCUCAUGAUAUGAGUUGACCAGCUGCAAAGAGUUCGUGGAACUUCAUGUUCCAAAGUAACUUGCGAUCCUUUAAUUACGUAGAGUUGACAGCCGGCUGGCAGGCAGUAUCGGUAGAUGCAAAGCCGAUUGACGGAAGGUAACAAAUGUUCCUGUCAAUAAGAGACCAAAAGAUUCCUGGACAGGCAUCUCGGCUUUCAGUGACCGGACUCACUUG